AUGCCUCAAGAUCAGCUCGACAAAGACGACGAGAAGCCACAACGGCUUGGAGAUGAAAGCAAUGACUUGAGUUUAACGACGUCGAACGCGGAAAAGAGUGCCCACAUCGUCCCACCGCCAACCGAGGACGCCAACUUGAGCCGCCAAGACACCGACGCCAUCUACGCCAAGUUUAGACCGAGCCGCAAGAGGCUCAUCACUGCUGUCGUAGCGUGUGGCGGUAUCUCAUCUACGGUCUCAUCUUUGCUGCUCUUGGCUGCAAUUCCCGAAAUCGCUGCCGAGUUUCAGACUUCCGGAAGCAUCAUCAACGUCAGCAAUGCCAUCUACACGGUGUUCAUGGGCAUCAGCACCCUGUUCUGGGGUCCAAUUAGCCAAGUUUACGGUCGCAAAUGGCCCUGCAUAUUGUCUGCCUCUGGAUUUUUUGCCUUCUCAGUAGGGACUGCGCUGGCCCCUAACCUUGCGGCGUUCUAUGUGUUUAGAUUGCUGUCAGCUUUUACGGGAACGGCGUACCUGGUGCUUGGAUCGAGUUGCAUCAGUGACAUCUACAAGCCAACUGAGCGAGGAACCGCAUUGGCUUGGUUUUUGAAUGGCACUCUCAUCGGUCAAUCAUUCGGGCCCUUCAUCGGAGGUGUCAUUGUCACCUUCCAUAGCUGGAGAGCGCUUUUCUGGUUCCAAUCAGCCUUAGGCGGUCUCACGGCGGUACUCGCUGUCUUAGUCCUCCCCGAAACAAGUCAUCAACUGCGCUCGGCAGAGCUGGCAGGUCUUGACUUCAGGACCAAGGUUGGUCGGGUCUGGGACUGGACAAAUCCCUUCCGCGUACUUGCCCUGCUCCGAGUUCCGAAGCUCUUUGUCGCGGCCGUCGCUGCAUCCGCCCUCGUCUGGAACAUGCAAUCUCUCUUGACCCCCAUCCGAUACGUCAUCAACCCACGAUUCCACCUGACGUCCCCCCUGCAGUCUGGCCUGUUCUUCCUCGCGCCGGGAAUUGGUUUCUUCACCGGCACAUACUGCGGAGGGCGAUAUGCAGACCAUACCGUGAAAGCUUGGAUCAAGCGCAGAGGUAAACGCUUACCUGAAGACCGUCUUCGUAGCUCAUAUGUGGCAAUGGGCUUCGUCAUUCCCAGCGCUAUCCUGAUAUAUGGAUGGGCUAUUGAGAAGGAAAAGGGCGGCAUUCCGCUGCCAGUAAUCUGCAUGUUCGUUCAAGGGUUCGCGCAGACCAUUUGCUUCCCCAGCCUCAACACUUAUUGUCUUGAUGUCUACAAGGGCAGAAGCGCAGAAGUGAUAGCUGGCAACUAUUUCUUUCGCUAUGUCAUUGCGGCAGUCGGCACAGCGGUGUGUCUUCCCGCGAUUAAUGGCAUUGGUGUUGGUUGGUUCAGUACGAUCACCGCACUCUUUGUAUUUGGGUCGACGGUUGCCGUAUUUUGCGUUGUCAUGAUCGAGUCGCGAAAAGACAAGAAGAACUCCGGCGAGGAAGUCUGA